UCUGCAGUUGCCAUUAAAGGACUAUGAACGAAUUAGUAAUGCGACUGCAUUCGUUAUUAGUUACGAAAUAGUAACACCACCAGGUUGGCUGGACACGGUAAGGUCGGUCAGUUAUGAUCAGUAAUCCACCAAAGGUCGGCGCGUUAUACAAUACAAUACAUAGACUAUAAAAAAUAAUUGUGUUAAUUGGUUUAAUAAAACCUCUAUCGAUUAUUCGUGAGUGAAAUCGAUUUUUAAAAAGACAGUUGUCGUUCGAAAUUUGAAACGUGCUAUAGACAAUAAUGGAGUUAACGAAAGUGUGUUAUAUUGGGACUCUUUUGUCUUUCCUGAUGUUUGACAUCUUAAUGGAAGGGUCGACUCAGGAGACCUCGUUUGAAUUGCCAGUGCAGUUGGUUGGGUUCCCUUUCAUCAUUGUAGCUGUGCGUUUAACCAAUUUCGUGAAGAAACUCUCGUAUGCUUUAAAUCCAGCUACGUACCGCUCUCGAAACCGUCGUGAGCUGACCCAAUCAGAACCAGAUCCCUUCGAUGUCAAUGAAGUGGAGAAAUACAUCGUCGGCGAGUUCGGCGCACGAGCAUGUGUGUUUGAAAGGGUUUGUGCGCAUUACGCGACCAGGGCGCAGGCGCAACCGCGUCCUCAGUUCGACUGGCCAGAUGUUUUUAGUCAAUACAAGCGGUCCCCAGACCAGGCCAAGGAGUUCUACCUACUCUCCGUAUUCCUGGGUGACAUCGUGGGCUCUCCACAGUUGUGUCACCAGAUUGGAAAACGGAGGAGUUGUGACGCCCUAGCUUAUGGGAUAGAGUAAAUAGUAUUGUAAAUCCAAAGAUAAGUAUGUCAACGAUUGAACUGUACCUUACUGCUAUACUCAGAGUCAUUUAAUGGUUACUUAACUCAGUCCUUGGCGAUUACUUUUAAAACAAAAUCGUUACUAAGGAACAGUUUAAGUAAUCAUUAAAUGUUUCUGAGAGCGGUAGUUAGUAUGAGUUUCCAUUACGUUUAAAGUAAUCGAAACUAGAGCGCGUUCAGCUGUGAUUGGUUGG